ACGUACACAAGAUGACAGAGGACCCCCCAUAAAAGAGAAAAUUACCCUAGGACCCCCUGAGAAACAAAUCUGAUCAUCGUCAUAAGUCUGGUUGUGCACAGAUCCGCCUUAACAUUAGCAAUAUGUCAUACAGCAUAUGUCAGUGUUUUUAAGGUGUUCACAUGCUGCAGUUUGAGGCCUGAUUAAUGGAUGCCAGAUGGGGACAUCCCAUUUCGGAAGUCAUGUGGGCAUGUACCUUUCCUCAGUUCUCGGUGAAUGAAGUUCAACUUAUAUAGCGUCUUUCUAGAAACCCAAGGACGCUUUUCAAUUUAUCGUUGUUGCAUGUGUACCGGAAGUAUUGCAUAGUGGACUAAUAUUACCACCUUCAGUGGACAGCAGUGCAAUUGUUGGAUGUAAUGAUUGUGAAGCAAGAUCUUAAGCAGCUCUCUCUGAAUCUCAUCCACUUUCAAUGCCAAAGGGCCUGAACACAUAUCCCACAAGUAAGUAAAGUUUCCUUUAGUUUCUAUGGGACAUGGCAGAAUUCAUAGGAUGCUAGUUCCUACCCCAUUACUUGAACGUGUAAGAGUUCUCACAACAGUUGUGAUUGUUAGUUAGUUAACUCAAUGAUAUAAUAGUUAGUUAACUCUCCUGAUAUAAUUCAUAGAAUUCAGUGGACCUCAUGGAUGUCAGUGAUGGGGCCCCAUUAGGAUCACUGAUGGGAUCAGGAAGGGUUAAACAUGGGCCACAUUUGGGUUAUACACUGAACAUACAGUAUAUUAAGCCCAAUUGGAUCGCAGGAAAAACACAUGUACAAACCAACUAAGAGCCCCUGCCCACCUAGAACCCAGCUAGCCCACAUGAGAACCACAAAAUCAUGUUAGGUGGUUCUAAUGUCAGAGUAUUUGUAGGAAUUGUGCAAAUGUGUUUUAAGAAUAAUUCAUUCCUAACAGUUAGUUGCUAAAUAAGGCCUAUUGUAACAAAGCAGCUUCAAACUACUGCCCUCCCUCCACCAUGCUUCACUCCUGGGAUGAGGUUUAGGUGUUUAUAAAGCAAUGUUCUGUUAUUUACCCUAACAUUACUGUGUACCCCUUCAACUUUUAUUGCAUCUCCACACAGGACAUUGUUCCAGUAGUCAGGUUGAACAUCCUGGUAAGUCAUGGCUCUGGAGGCACAAGAGUUGCCUCCAGACUCUUAGCUGUUUACGGAUUCUACAGCAUACCUUUGCACUGUUCUUUGUAGGACUACCAGGAGAGACGAAGAGCAUCAACAGUGCAGAGCAUCUUUCAUUUUUAAAAUAUCUGUCUGACUGUGGAAUGUAGAAGAACCAAAUCUUUAACAAUGUUAUUGUAAGCCUUCUCACACCUUCACACGCCAAAUGCCUGAGACAGUGUGAAGUCUCUUUUGUUCUCUAAAAAUCUCUUUAUUUGUGUUGAAUCUAAUUUUGUGGUGAAAAUCAGGUAAUCAAAACUGCAAAGCCGCAUCAGAACUAUCUGAAAUACCUGAUUCAUUGAAAAAUCCUUUUUAAGACACAAUUGCCACACACUUCUCCGCCAGACAAGAUAAGAUAACUAUAUACGCCAUACUUGUUCAGGGCACAGAUUAAAUUUGACCUCCGGCCAGACCCGGGAAUCUGGUCCAUAACCCACAACCUUGACACAUUUACUGCUCAGUGCUCUAACCCCUGAGCCCCCAUUCCCUCAGAUUCUUCAAUAAAGAGAUGGCACUGUACAUAAAAUGCAAGGUAAGAUGCUUGUAAAUUAAACUAUAAGAAGAAAUCAGAAAAUAAACGUUUUAUACAUUUAUUUUGACUGUAUGAACGCAAAAUAUUUCAUAUUUUAUCUGGUCAGCUUCCCUUCAUUUCUUUCAGGCCUGCAACACCUUCAUGACUUAAGGUGUGCAAUAGUAUUGAGUCGUCAUUGUCACAUUUUUUUUCAUUUAAAAUUCUCCACAGACGUCCUCUAUUGGGGACACCUCAGAACUAUUCCUGGCCUAAUCAGUCUUUUUCUGCUGCUGUGCCUUUGUAAUGUGUGCAGCAUGUGGUCUUGCACUGUCUUAUUGGAAGACAGUAUAUGUUGCUGUAAGAUUUUAACAUUCUUUUCUGUACUAAUGCUGGCUGCGCAGAAUUCAAACACAAUACAAAUACAAUAAGUUGGAGUUGGAACAGCGUGGAGGGUCCAGCAUCUUUUUCGCCUGACCACAAAACACAUAUUUUACUGUGGGAUGGUUUGUCAGAUGCCUCUGAGCCCAGAGAAGUCGAGGCCACUUGUGGGUAUUGGUGAAUGUAACUCGGCUCAGGCUUGUGACCUUGCACUGAAUUUUCUCCAAAAGCCUUUUGUGGAUGCUGCUUUUGCAUAAAAUCGUAUUUACAAUCACCUUUUGUCAUCUCUUCAUUAUUUAGUUGGAUGUUUUUGCUAUCUCUAAUUUGUCCACGUACCAAUUUUUUUUUGGAAUGUGUUGCACACCAUAAAUGCAGGAAUGGAUAUAUUUUAACAAAAUGAAAUUAAGUUGAACAGAUAAAAUAUGUUUGAAACUGUUUGACAGUAAAAGAAACAUAUUUGUGCAACAAAGUCCAUGCUUUUUUUUUAAAUGUACUGUAUGUUUCUGAAUGGAAAAUCCAUUGGAAAGUUUUUAAAGGGACCCACAACAGUUCCUUAAGGUACUUAAAGAGUUACAUUUCAAAUGUUCUUCACAGCUGUACUCAUUAAUAUGAGCGUUUGGAGGUAAUGCUGAAUUUAAGUGUACUAUUAAUCAGAACAGCCUGCAAAACCUACUCUCUCUCUCUACUGCUUAAAAAAGCACAGAGAUUAAUGAUAGACAGACCUGGAAGGAAGGAUAGAAAAAUUAAGUAUAACGCCAAAAUGUCAGAAUUGAAGCCUCUGCUUUUCUUCAGGAUCGCGCAGGCUGAUUUCUGCCCAAGGACAGGAUAAGAGCUUCAAACAGAUGAAGGUUUUCUUAACUUUCAUGGAUUCUCAUGGAUCUAAAUGCAGACGACUAGAAACUCAAGUGGCUUUUGUGUGGAGUCAGCAGGGUAUGACUAGGCCCUCUCAGGAAGAGAAAACACCGCUGCAGACAGACAGACCAGUUAACAGUCAGACACUCUGCCAGACAUCAGACCAGAGAACACACAAUGUCCAGCUGGAUCUACCGGAUUAUCUUUUAUUGUGUUCUGCUUUCAUGUUUGCUGAUAGACACAAUGACAGCAGCUAAACGAAAGCCACCCAAAACUGACUGUUUGGAAACAUCAGCUAAAGAGAGUCAUCACAUGGUCAGCCGUGCUCUAGACCAGACAGCAAAAGGCAGAAACCAUACUCAGUCAUCCAGCCGGCAGAUGUUUACUUUCUCCAGGCAAGCACCAGCGUCUAUUCAGGGGAUAUCAAAAGCUGCAGAGGUCUUUCAAAUGACUUUGCUAUUGUUAAAGGAUAAAGCAAGCAGGAGACAAAAAAGAUCUGUGUCUGUGUCAGAGCUCCUUUCCGCGGAGGAUGUGAAGCUGCUAGCAAACCUGUCUGGGUGUCCUCCAGCAUUGCAGCCAGCCGGCUGCCCCACAGGAGGUGACUCAGAGAAAUACCGCUCUAUCUCCGGAGUCUGCAAUAACAGAAAUAACCCUCUCUGGGGAGCAGCCAGCACCGUCUUGGCCAGAUGGCUCCCGGCGGAGUAUGAGGAUGGAGAAAGCCAACCAAAGGGCUGGAACACCGGGCACAAGUACAGCGGCUUCCAACUUCCCCCGGUCCGGGAAGUCAGCAACAGCAUUAUGCAAAGCUCCAGCCAGGUCACACUGAAAGAUGAGGCCUAUUCCCAGCUGCUGGUGGACUGGGGUCAGUACAUAGACCACGAUAUCUCCUUCACUCCUCAAAGCUCCAGCAAAUCUGCCUUUCUGGAGGGACUUGACUGCCUGCACAUGUGCGAAAAUUCCAAUCCAUGCUUUCCUAUUCAGAUUCCUCUACGCGAUAAGCUGUUUGGACGUAAAAGCUGUCUCCCGUUCUUCCGCUCCUCGCCAGCCUGCCUAAAUGCUCCAACACACACUCUGCAAGCACAACAGAUGCUCCAGAGACAGCAGAUGAAUUCUGCCACGUCUUUUCUGGACGCCUCCACCGUUUACGGACACUCAGCGGAGUUAGAAAAGGCUCUGAGGAAUCUCUCUAGCCCAGAGGGCCUGCUAGCAGUCAACAGUAAACACACUGACCACGGUGGUCACUCAUACCUGCCUUUUGUCAAAAGCACUCCGUCCGCCUGCCUCCAGCAGCCCGGCACUGGGCCGAGCGAGCGGGUGGAGUGUUUUCUGGCGGGAGAUAGCAGAGUGAACGAGAUUCUGCCCCUCACUGCUCUGCACACGCUGUGGGUGAGGGAACACAAUCGCAUUGCCACACGGCUGAAACAACUCAACGUCCACUGGAGCUCAUUGACGACCUAUCAGGAGACACGCAAAAUCAUUGGAGCUUUGCAUCAGAUCAUAACCAUGAGGGAUUACAUUCCAAAAAUCUUGGGAGAUGAAGCAUUUGAGGAAACUGUUGGGUCUUAUGAGGGAUAUGAUGAGUCUCUAAACCCUUCAGUCUCCAACGUGUUCGCCACAGCAGCGUUCCGUUUUGGUCAUGCAACCAUUUCUGCACAGAUCAGGAGACUAAAUGAGAGCUUCCAGGAGCAUCCCAACUUUUCCUCCCUAAAUCUGCAUCAGACCUUCUUCAGUCCCUGGAGGAUCAUCAGAGAAGGAGGAUUAGAUCCAAUACUGCGAGGUCUCCUGGGCUGGCCGGCUGCCAGGCAGAACCAACAGCACCUGAUGACUGAGGAGUUGACGGAGAAGCUGGUGGUGCUCAACAUUCCAGAAUCACUGGACCUCGCUGCGUUAAACCUCCAGAGGGGACGAGACCACGGCCUUCCAGGUUACAAUGACUGGAGGGCCUUUUGUGGAUAUGACAGAGUGGAAAGCAAAGCGGAUCUGAGGGCUGUGGUACGUGACCGGGCUUUGGUAGAACAGCUAAUGGAUCUAUAUGGGCAUCCUAACAAUAUCGACGUGUGGCUGGCAGGGCUGGUGGAGGAUCCGCUACCUGGUGCUAGGAUUGGACCUAUCUUUGCAUGCUUGAUCGGAAAACAGAUGAAGACACUCAGAGAGGGUGACAGGUUCUGGUGGGAAAAGUCAGGUGUGUUCUCUCCACUACAGAGGCAGGAGCUCCAGAAGCACUCCCUGUCCCGUGUCUUCUGCGACAACAGUGGACUGACGGAGGUUCCUCUUGAUCCAUUCACUGUGGGAAUGUACCCCAAAGACUUUGUUUCAUGCGCCAGUGUGCCAUCUUUGGAUCUGGAAGCAUGGAAAGAGGACAAUGAAAGAGAUGGAAGAGACUCUGACAGCACAGAAAGACACAUAUGACAGAGUUCAUCUGAGUGUCUGAAGGUGUCACCAUCACGACUAGCUGGAGGUGCAUCGGCCAAGGUCUGUCCGUGUUCAAUCACAGCUGCAGCUAGAGACAGGACUUUAAUUUAAACAGAUCUAAAGCAAAGGACCAAAUAAUACAUUCUCGCCUGAGCUUCGUUAAAAACACAAACCGCCAUUAGUGAUUGGACGAAUUUUCUAUGAGGAAAUGACUGCUUUUUUUGUUUCAUGUUUCACAAAGGCACUGCUUGGUGUCUGCUUUUUGAAAAUAACUGGGUAUGCCUGCAUGCACAAAUCUGCAGCAGGUGCACACAUACACAGAGCAUUGGCUGGUUUAAUGCCCAAAGGAUAAAGUAAGCCCAUGUGGAAGACGAAAUGAUCUAAAGACAGAACGCUGCCUUUUCUUCUCUCUGGAUAAAAAUGAGCAUGGAUAUAUUCAUAGAUAUGUGGGCUACAUUUACAUCUUAAACAUGAGAUGAAACUCUUUAAAAUGCAAAGGCUCAGGUUUGACAAAUAGGCACAACAUUUACAUAAAGUGAUAUCUUGCCCUGGUUUUGUUUCAGAGAUUAUAAUGCCAUAGCAAUCAGCUGAGGAAGAAAGGAGACGACCUUUGUUCAGAUCCUCUGAAUUAAGUAGAGCCUGAAAUUUUAGGCAGAGACUAAUGCAGUGCCUGAUACAUUGUCCAAUUACAUGUUUUUCAAUUGACUGGUAAAUUAGAGCGGGAUUUCCAAUGUGUCCAGUUAGGCUUUAGAGCAUCCUCCAUGCACCGCAUAUUCUGCACCAUAUUGUGCUGUACUCUGGACAAUAAACAAUAAUUAAACAAAUGGCACAUCUACACAGUGGUGAUUUAUGUUAGAGGCUAUACAAAGCUACAGUUUCAUUUUCAUAAUGAUAAAAAUGUAUAUCAUGCUCUACUGCAAACUUUUCUGCUGCAUCUGCUGUGUAUCUGGACGUUGCAUGUUACAGAGUAAAUGCUGUAUAGCAAAUAUAUUUUAUACAAUUCCUAAUUAUCUUACACUGUGAAUAUUGGUAAAUGUACUUAUUUAAAAUUAGUCUAAAGCCCUGUCUGGAUGGGAUUAGUUUCUCAGGGGGACAUCUGUGAAAAAUAUUUCACACUUCUACUCAGUAAUAAAACUCCUGAAUCUGGACUUCAAUUGAAAAAACAUGAGAACCAGUGAGUUUUUUGGUUUUCUUGGUCACGUGACAUUGCGUUCAGUAGCUCCUCCAUUUCCACUCGCUGUUGUGUUUACGUGGAUCUCUGUGGAAACAUGUGUCCAAAGUGUAAUUAUGGUGUGUGGCAGUGAACAAAUAGAUAUUUUUUUAAAACGCACGGUGACGAAACUUAGAGAUGUGGAUCCGGACAGGACUAAAAUUACCGGAGGACCACGGAGUUCAGCGAAAAAGAACAUCUGAUAAAAACAUGCACAUAGUCAGUCCUCACAGGAAUAAAAUCCCAGAGGACCCCCUAUAAAAGAGAAAAUUACCCCAGGACCCCCUGAGACACUAAUCCCAUCUGAAUAGGUCUUAAGUUGACUUGUUUUUAGUUUUUUUUUCUUCAUUCACAUUACUUACAUACUUGCUACUGGGUGUGGUCCACUAAUGCAGGAUUAAAACCCCUGUAUUUGGCAACAUGAUAAAGAAUGUACAUGAAUGUUAUUGAAGCUUUUUUCAGAGAUUUUUGCUUUUGUUAACUCAAAGUUCACUUGAAGAAUUAAGACUUUUAGCUACUCUUAGCUACUUAAAAUGUCUAAAUGUUUAACAUGUACUGUAAGUUAACAUACUUGCUGAAUGAAUCAAAAUAAAAUUAUACAGUAAAUUAAUUGUAGAUAUGAAUUUGAACUACAAUUAUGUUAGUUACAGUAUACAGUAAGCUAUAUCUUUCCAGUAAGCACAGACUGAACAAUUGGCCAGUCUGGCCUGAUUAAUUUGGCCUAUAAAAACUCAUUGUUCUAAUCCUUCUGACCAAAAUAUGCAUAUCAGUUUAUAAUAUAAAUUAUUUUAUGCUGGCCUUACAGCUAAUGACUUUUCAAACUAUUGCAUCAUUGCAAACAGAUGAUAUCACGAUGCUGCAAUGCUCUAUAUAAUGCAAGACAGUUCUGUAGGAUACUGCACAGCAUCUGUGUUACUAAAGAGAAUAAGUAAUUAGGGAUUACUGGUGUCGCAGGAUUUCACAGAAUAUGACAACCAGUAUUAUUCACUGCAGGUUUACCCUAUUUGUUUUAUUACCUCCACCACGUAGAAUAAUGAAGCAGUAACAGUAGUAAGUUAAAGCGUAAGUAAGUGUUGAGCGUCUAUGUUUCAGUAAAACUAUAGAUAUUUGACUGAACAUAUCGAUAAAGUAUCGCAAAUGAAAAACUAUACAAUAUUCCACAGUAUCAAUAUUUUAUCUCACCCCUAGUGGUUUGGACAGCUUUUCAUGGUGGGAAAUAAUCUCAAAAAUAAUCAAGCUGCAGUCCUGCAAAAAGUGACCCUACAAGAAUUUAAAAAAUCUUAAUCUGUCAUUAAAAACUCUUGUGAGAGAGUGUCAGACUUUAGUCUUUUCAAAGUCUGCUAGUGUAUAGUCAGUAUUAGCAGCCAUCAGUAGUGUAAGUGCUUGUUAAAUAUUUUCAGCUUCCUCCAAAUUAACUUUAUUUUCCACACUCCCAAAAGAUUGCAAUCUCACAGAACUGCCAAGUUCAUGUUUUUUAAAGUUUUGUCUUAGGCUUGAUUACUUCAUUCCACUUCAAAAUACAGAAACUUUUUUCUGAA